CCUCGAUCUACCGUGAAGACAAGAGAGCAAUUCCUGGGCACUACUUUGGAGAGUGACGUAUACAACACCAUGUUUCAACUGAAUGCAUCCUAUACCAGAUAACCACAAUGUCCAAAAUUCUACCAAUUUUCAUCCAAGGUUUCCUAUGUCUAAUUUCGGUAUCAUUCUUCAUCGAUGGAGCGUUUGCUUUGAUACAUGUGAAGGGAAAGGGUACUACGUUUCCUUAUGAGGUGUACAAGCUCUGGCAGCCAUCGUACACAGUGUACAGACAGGCCCAUGCUUCGCUGGAAAUGCAGUACGACGGCAUAGGAAAUGUAGCGGCCAAAGAAGCGCUUUACCAAAAUGUAGAUAUAGAGUAUGCGAGCAUUGAAACCAUCAUAUCGAGUGAUGAACAAAACGAUCACCCAGAUCUGAUUGAAUUUCCAGUCAUGGCAGGGGCUAUUGCGGUUGGGUACAAUAUGCAGCUGGAACAGCAGUUACGACUGUCUCUAGCACAGAUUGUGGGGAUCUACAAUGGCACUUACACCCACUGGAACCAUAGUAUAUUCAAAGAAAACAACCCAAACUGCACUCUUCCAGAUGCAAAAAUUAUUGUCCUAGCAAGAGCCGACAAAUCUGGCUCUACAGAUCUCUUUACGCAUGCUUUAGCAGAGGUAGAUGAGCAAUGGAAUUUAACCUAUGGUUAUUUUUCAGAAGGGUUAAAUACAUCUGGACAUCCUUACCGUUGGGAUCCAAAUGUGAUAUCGUAUUAUGCAGUACAGACAGAUGGCAUGAAUGGAUUACUUUUAUCAUUUGAGAAUUCGAUAGGUUAUUUAUCUGUAGCAGAUGUUCAUGAAUGGGUAGUUCACACGGCGCUUGUCCAAAACGAUGUUGGUGAGUACAUGUAUCCUACCGCAACCGCAGUUCAAAAGGCUAUGGAUUAUUUCUCUGCUUUGAAUACAGAAUUAAAUUUUCCUAUCACCCAUGCUCAGAACUCAGGAUCAUACUCAAUAGCUGGUUUCACGCAUUUUAUAAUUUACAAGACAAACAUGACAGAUUGCGUGGCAUCCAAAGAACUCAUACGAUAUAUAUAUUGGGCAAUGACGGAAUCCGCUCCACGACAUGAAUGUGAAAUACUUGGGUUUGCACCGCUUAGUUCAGAUCUUGUUCAGCGCGUGCGGAGGGAUGUUCUUCAACAUGUUCAGUGCAACGGACAGAACGUCUGGCAACAAGUUUUAGCCGACAUUGAAAACGAGGGGAAAGUUGUUGACAAUUCUUGGAUCACAGCUGUUGCCGUUGCUGUGCCGUUGUCUGUGUUGGUUGUUGGUGCACUUGGAGGAUAUAUAUUGUAUCAAAGGAUUAAAUACUGGAAAAUGAUUAAUAGUAAUGAUUGGUUUAUUCCCAUUGAAGAUAUAGUGUUCUAUCAAGACGCGCGAAACAACUCUUCUUCAAGGGCUUCUUCAAUCUUCGCUCGUUCCGCUAGGUCGCUGCAAUCUGCACAGAACUCAAUGGGGAAAGACGAACUUGAUCAUCUUAUUGAAAAAGUAUUGCAGUGGCCUGGUAAAUGGAACGGCUAUGACAUUGGAGUGAGGUUAUUAGAAUUGAAAAAACUGAAAAAUCUGACAAAACCAAUGAAGCAAGAGAUGCUUAAGAUCAGAAACAAAAUAUCUCAUCCAAAUAUUGUCAGGUUUUUCGGUAUAACAUCUAUAGACAAUGAAAAAUAUGUCAUUGGAGAAUUCUGUCGCAAAGGUUCUUUAGCCGAUUUAUUACAAGACAAUAGAAUUACUAUGACGAAUGAUUACAAGCUUGCUUUAGCCCUUGAUAUUUGCAGUGGAAUGUUAUUUCUACAUGCGCAACAUUUUGUUCAUGGGAAUCUCAAGGCAAACGUUUGUUUUGUUGAUAAUAAAUGGACUGUAAAAGUGGGCGACUGGGAAUUUCUACGACUACUCACCUUGGAAAAUGGGAAAGAAAAUGCCGCUUAUUUGACGGAAGACAUCUACAGCUACACAUUAACGAAGCAAAAUAUAACAUGCAAAGACUUUUGGGUGGCGCCUGAAAUACUCAGAGCGAAUUACAGAUGCUUUCAUACACCACAAUCAGAUGUUUACAGUUUUGCAAUUCUUUUACAAGAAAUUUACAGUCAAGAGGAACCAUAUAGUGAACAUCUAGGAACGUCCGCAGUAGACGAAAUCCUUCACGGAAUAUGCACAAGCAACCUUCGACCAAAAAUUCAGUUAGACAUACCAGUGUCAAUUAGGCAAGUGAUGGAGAUAGCCUGGACGGAUAAUCCAAGCAGUCGACCAUCCUUCGAACAAAUAUUGAAACUACUCAAGAGAAACAACCCUUUGAGAAAAACAGUGAUGGAUAGUGUUAUUCAGUCUAUGGAAGAAUAUACACAGCAUCUCGAAGAAUGUGUUGAAGAGAAAACAACGGAACUAGAGAACUCCAAGAAGCAAUUCGACACCAUGAUGGCAAGUAUUAUCCCCAGUCAAAUUGCUAAUGUCCUAUCAAAUGGCGAGUCUCUGGAUCAGAAAGACGUUAAAACACUCGGUGUGGUCUGCUUAGAGGUGAUGAGUAGAGAAGAUGAAUACAAAGAUCUAAACCCGACAGAAAAACUGAACAAACUAAGUAGUCUCUGUUCAUACAUAGAUCUUCUGGUGGACAAGUAUUCAGCAUUCAGAUACUGUUCGACCGGGACCUCGUUCACCAUAGUGCUUGGUAUUGGUGACACCACCGAAAACGUUAACGAAAUUGCCAAUAAAACAGCGCAUAUGUGUGUAGAUUUUUUGUGCAGGGAACAUCUGGAGGAUUCAAACUGUACGCCAGAUGAUCUACGAAUGCUUCAGUUAAGUAUUGGAGCACAUGUGGGAUCUACCGCUAGCGGAAUAGUGGAGACAGACACCCCUCAAUUUGUGUUACUCAGUGACUUACCGGAAAUAGUUCGUAGCCUAUCCAGAUCAUGUGACCCGUCCAAAAUUCACAUUACACUGGAAAUGAGAAAUAUGAUCAUAUCACAAAAUAAUUUUUCCAUCGAAAGAUCAGGGUUGCUCAUUGUAAAGGGCACUGAAUACGCGACUUGUUGGCUCACUGGUCGUACAAAUAAAUUCGCGCCAAACCUCACUCUACCAGACAAGAAGGAUGAAAAAGCGUUUUCACCCUCAAAUCACUUCACUCUAUCCCCAGUAGAGAUCCCCCCAGCUGCGGCAGAGAAAGUUAAAUAUGUCAACGAGAUUCGACCUCAGCAUUUUGAAAACGGGGGCCUUAAAAUGAGCAACGGCAAGCCGAAAAACUUGUAUCCGAAACGAAGAAUUGCGAAACAGCGGAGUGACGCUUUGCCUGACGUCAUAGAAGAUUCCGUAGAUGUGCAUGAAAGAUGAGGACGAGUUACGCGAACACGUUGGAUGUUGAAAAACCAUAUAUCACGUCUGCAUCAAUAUAAUGUCAAUGUUAGUAAAUUCCUAUAAUGACUAAUGAUUAAUAUUUGGUGUGAAAUGAUUUUCAAAUGAACACAUUCAUUUAACAUUUCAUAAAACAAUAAUGAUAUAGACUUGCUUAAUUAUUAUUCAAAAUUGAAAUUACUAUUCAAAGCAUAUUUAAAAAGGGGUAAUUUCUUCCGUAUGUUUACGAAAAAAUUGAUAGUAUGUUUGAAAUAUAAAUGUAAGCGAGAUAUAUUGAUUAGAAAUAGGGUUUAUCGGUUUAUUGAAAGAGUGGUUCAGGAAUGUACAACAAUUGAGACAACUACUCUCCGUUGCCUUGACUUAAAAUCAUUGUUUUCCCAGUAUAUUAUUUGGAAUGAUUUCGUUAAACAACGAACCCUUCAUUAACGAGAAUAGAUGUUGUCUUAAUGUUACGGAAUUUGAUACUUAGCUUUUACGCUUCGGAAGAGUCCGCUUGCUUUUGAUUGAGUGCAUUACUCAUUAUAGAUUUUUAAUUUUUAUACGCCCGUCUUAAGACGGGACGUAUUAUGGUAUGGCGUUCAUGUCCGUCCGUCUGUUAGCUUUUUCGUAUCCGACCCGUAACUUAAAUACUACAAGGCCUAGAAUCAUCAAACUUUGUCUGUAGAUACAUCUUGGGUAGAAGGUGUGUCGCACAUUAAAACCAGGUCACUGUGACUUUUCAUUAAGAAGAUAUCCGUCUGUCCGUCCGUCUGUUAGCUUUUUCGUGUCCGACCCGUAACUUAAAUACUACAAGGCCUAGAAUCAUCAAACUUUGUCUGUAGAUACAUCUUGGGUAGAAGGUGUGUCGCACAUUAAAACCAGGUCACUGUGACUUUUCAUUAAGAAGAUAUGGCCAUAUAUGGCAAAAACUUGUCUGGCUCAUAACUUGAAAACUAUUAGACCUAGAAUCACCAAAAUUGGUCAACUAAUGCAUCUUAGGUAGAAGGUGUGUCGCAUCCUACUUUAAGGUCACUGUGACAUUUAAUUAAGGUGAUAAUUAAAAAAAUGUUUUAAUGGGUACAAUCUAUACUGUUAACAAUAUGUGACGGGCGUAUCAUGUGCCGUGGCGGUGUACUUUAUUAUUGAUACAACUGAUAAUCUUUUUUCCCAAUCAUAUUCAAUAAGACUAUACAGUAAACUUUUAACGACUAUAUUCAAUGCAAUUCUUAUUUAUUUUUCUCCAUCAUUUUCUUUUUUUGUCUCGCUAUGCAUUUAUUUAGAAAUAAUUUUAAAAAAUACUACAUUGGAUGAAACAUGCAUGACAUGAUGAUAGCAAAUGUUCACAUCUACUGUUAUGUUAUUUUAACAGCAAAUUCUGAUAUUCUAAGACAAUAAUUAUAAACUUAUUUCUCAUUUAAGAAAAUCUUACUUAUCUCGAUAUUGUUAAUAACAUUUAGAUAUUUGUGUACCUAUCAUCAUCACCACCACUUCCACCCCCACCCCCGGUUUUUUUUUUUUUUUUUUUUUUUUUUUUUUUUUUUACAAUGCUUAAAAUAUUCUAUGCUCUGAUUGCACUUUCAGAACAUUUGAUAGUUCUAUACUUUCUACAAAAUGGUACUCCUUUGCAGCAAAUACGAGUAUUUUUUUUUCUUCUUCAAAGAUCAUCUUUUGGAAAAGUCCAUCUCCAAGUUUAAUUUCUUUUCAUGCAUUUGUCAAGACAGGUUGAAAUUGGGAUACGUUGUUAACUAAAAACUUAUGAAACUGAUUGUUGAUAUGAAGUCUAAUCUUCAAUUUUCACAUAGAAAUUAUUUAAUGUUAAAUUUUUUUCAGUAUCUUCCCUUAUAAUUCCAGGAUUACUUAGACUUAAUCAUAAUAUAUAAGGGAUAUUGAUAUUAAAAUAGACUUUGAUGGGAUUAUACCAUUUUCGUCCAGAAUGCUUAAAAUAAAUCCAUAGUAAUUUCUGUAUCAUGAUUUCCAAAAUAUUGAAUUGUUACUUAUUGUAUUUUCUUAUUUAGCUACGUUUUAUCUUUUUAAAAUCUUAUCAUCCGACAAUUCAUAUAAGAUUUGAUCGCUUUGAUUAACUGUUCGUCGUUCCCUCUUUCACGGGAGUCAUGUCCAUGAAUCUGCACCGCCUGUGCAUAAUUCUGGAUUAGUUUCGGACUAUCACAUCAAAACAUCUUAUGAUGAUAUCAACCAUUCAAAGAUGUUCGUCUUUAUGCACAUUAGUAUAUUUUGCUGUUAUGAAUUGUUUGUUUAUGUCAAAUUCUAAUUCAUAAACAAAGAAAACGCAUAAUGUUACAGUUAUGAAUAAACCUACACGUUUUAGG